AUGAUAAAUGGCAUCCUCAUAUCAUACCCCAACGGCGUUAACGAAAGUUACGCAUUUGUAGAUAAAAGUUCCAAUUCUUAUGUAGUCAUAACAGAAACCGAAAACUCCGAUUUCACGGUAAGUGAUUUACUCAGUAGUGUAGGUGGCUCUGAGGAAUUGAGUCCAUGGGGCUUGAUUCACAAACUGCCGUGCAUUCGCCACAAAGUUAGGUCCACUCUCUAUCUUCAUCUAAGAAAUUACGGGAAAUCUGAGAAAAACCAGCAAGCGAAUAGCGACAAUUCAAAUAUUCCGUUCUUGGACCCUGCAUCAUCAAAGAAUCUUUCGGUGGAACAAAGGCUGCUUUCAUUGGAGUUAUUUUUGAAGGAAUACGUUGUAAGAGUAGACAACGUCGUAAAAAAUGGCAGAAGAAUGAUAAUGCAUCUGAGAAUUUAUUAUUAG